AGACACCAUCUUAAGCAGACGUGAAUUUGCACCACGCUCGAACAACAUGUGGCAGUUCAUAAGGUUACGAAUAUUAACGGUGAUACUCUUCGCAGCAGCUGCUCAUGGAAUACUGGUAGUGGGUCCAAAAUUCAUUCGGGCCAACCAGAACUAUACGGUUGUGAUCAGUAAUUUUAACACCAAUCUCAACAAGGUGGACCUGAUGCUACGAAUCGAAGGACACGCGGAGGAUGGUCAAAAUGUUCUUAACAUAACGAAGUCGGUUGACGUUCGGAAACAAAUGAACAGAAUGAUCAACUUCAAUAUGCCUAAAGACUUAUCAACUGGAUAUUACAAAAUUACCAUUGACGGACAACGUGGCUUUAGCUUUCACAAGGAAGCCGAUUUGGUGUACCUCAGCAAAACCGUAUCAGGAUUAAUACAGAUCGAUAAGCCCGUGUUCAAACCAGGCGAUACGGUUCAAUUUCGUGUAAUAGUGCUAGACACUGAGCUGAAACCUUCUACACGGAUCAAAACAGUACAAGUCAUGAUCCGCGAUCCUCAAAACAAUGUGGUGCGGCAGUGGUCCUCGGCAAGAUUGUACGCCGGAGUGUUUGAGAAUAACCUUCAAAUCGCGCCAACUCCAAUGCUCGGUAUAUGGAACAUCUCGGUAUUGGUCGACGGAGAAGUACUCGUGUCCAAGACAUUCGAGGUGAAGGAGUAUGUGUUGUCCUCGUUUGACGUAGAGGUGGUACCAACCGUUAUUCCUCUGGAGGAGCACCAAAGUUUGAGUCUGACGAUAGCAGCCCACUAUCACUUCGGAAAACCAGUGAAAGGGCAUGUCAAGGUGGAGCUGUAUUUGGAGGACGAUAAGCGAGAUCAGGUGAAAGAGUUUGACGUUUACGGGAUGGGGCAGGUAAACCUGCAAUACGCUGAUUAUUUUACUGUUCAUCGAGAUUGGGAAGAUGUGCGUGUAAAGACGACCUUCGUGGAGCAGUUUACAAAUCGGACUGUGGUGAAAGAAUCUCAAAUCACUGUGUACAAAAAUCCGUACCGCGUGGAACUGAUCAAGGAAAGUCCACAAUUCCGUCCAGGGAAGCCUUUUAAGUGUACGCUUCAGUUCCGAUACCACGAUGGAACCCCUGCUAAAGGUGUCACCGGUAAGGUGGAAGUGAUGGAGGUCGGAUACGAAACAACGUCCACUACCGACGAUAAAGGAAGAAUCUUACUGGAGUUGAGUCCCAGCGACAGUACAGAAACGAUGAUUGUAUACUUUUCUAACGAUGAUGAUGGAUUCUUCUUUAACGAACAAGUGGACAAAGUGGAAGUCUUGACGGAUGCUUAUCUAAAACUGGAAUUAAAAUCUCCCAUUAAAUUGAACCGAAAGUUACGACUUAUGGUUACAUGCAACGAACGUAUGACCUUCUUUAUGUACUACAUUGUGUCGAAGGGCAACAUCAUUGAUUCCGGUUUCAUGAGACCGAACAGGCAGAACAAAUAUCCCUUAGAAUUGGACGCCACCGAGAAAAUGAUACCGAAGGCAAAAAUUAUCGUAGCUACUGUAGCGAAACAAACAGUAAUUUACGACUUUGUGGACAUCGAUUUUGAAGAGCUUCGUAACAAUUUUGAAUUGAGCGUAGACGAACAAGAAUUAAAGCCAGGACGACAAAUUGGGCUUCGAAUGUCUGGACGACCAGGAGCGUACGUUGGACUGGCUGCCUAUGACAAAGGUUUACUGUAUUAUAACAAGAAUCACGAUCUAUUUUGGGAGGACGCUAUGCAAGUGUUUGACGGAUUUCAUGCGAUCGAUGAGAAUGAGUUCGACAAAUUUAAUAGCAUGGGACUGUUCGGUAGAACUUUAGCUGGUAUCGAGUUCGAUGGAGCCAAUGACAAGUCGGCACGUGAUGGGUUGCAAACAAGCAAUCCAUUCACCAAACUGGUCUCAUAUAGGACAAACUUUCUAGAAUCGUGGUUAUGGAAGAAUGUGACCAUUGGAAGAUCUGGAACGCGCACAAUGAUCGAAAACGUGCCAGAUACGACCACAUCCUGGUACUUGACGGGAUUCUCGAUUGAUCCAGUGUACGGUUUGGGAAUAAUCAAAAAGCCUAUCCAGUUCACAACGAUCCAACCGUUUUACAUCGUGGAGAAUCUUCCGUACUCCAUCAAACGAGGUGAAGCGGUUGUGUUGCAGUUUACACUGUUUAACAAUCUUGGAGGAGAGUAUAUCGCUGAUGUGACGCUCUACAGUGUGGCUAAUCAGACGGAAUUCAUUGGACGACCUGUGGAAGAUAUCAGCUACACCAAAUCCGUAAGCGUUCCUCCGAAGGUUGGCGUACCGAUCUCAUUUCUGGUGAAAGCACGAAAGCUCGGAGAGAUGGCGGUACGCGUGAAAGCCUCUAUCAUGCUUGGAAUGGAAACCGAUGCACUGGAAAAAGUGAUCCGAGUCAUGCCAGAAAGUUUGGUACAACCAAAGAUGGAAUCUCGGUUGUUCUGCUUCGAUACAUACAAAAAUCAAACCUUUCCCAUUAAUUUAGACUUUAACAAAAAGGCUGACAAUGAUUCGAAAAAGAUUGAGUUUCGACUGAAUCCCAAUUUGCUCACAACUGUAAUUGAAAACUUGGGUAAUCUGCUCGCUGUUCCGUCUGGUUGUGGAGAACAGAACAUGGUUAACUUUGUACCAAACAUUGUUGUUCUCGACUAUUUACAUGCUAUUGGUUCGAAGGAACAGAAUCUCAUCGAUAAAGCUACCAGUUUGUUGCGCCAAGGGUACCAAAAUCAGAUGCGUUAUCGUCAGACAGAUGGAUCAUUUGGUGUGUGGCAAAAUCAGGGCGGCAGCGUCUUCCUUACCGCUUUCGUCGCGAAAUCGAUGCAAACUGCGUCGAAAUAUAUAACCGAGGUUGAUGUGGCUAUGGUCGAAAAGGCUUAUGAUUGGCUUGCUUCGAAGCAACACAGCUCGGGAAGGUUCGAUGAGGUCGGUUCCGUUAUUCAUAAAGAUAUGCAAGGCGGUCUACGUAAUGGCAUUGCCCUGACAUCGUACGUGCUGACAGCGCUUCUAGAAAACGAGAACGCCAAAGUGAAGCACGCGGCAGUGAUCCAAAAGGCAAUGAAUUAUCUCAGCAGUAAGAUGGAUAACAUCCAAAACCCUUACGAUCUGUCCAUUGCGACCUACGCGUUGAUGUUAAACGGACACAGCUUGAAGGAUGUGGCAUUUGAAAAACUCCUACACAUGUCUAUUGUUGCCAGCAAUGACUCAGAACGGUAUUGGCCCACAACAAACAGGAUAGAAGCGACCGCUUACGCGUUGUUGUCAUUUGUAUUAGCGGAGAAGUAUGUAGACGGUAUUCCGGUGAUGCGAUGGCUAGUAAAUCAACGCUAUGUUACCGGAAGCUUCCCACGCACUCAGGACACCUUCGUAGGACUAAAGGCACUGACAAAGUUGGCGGAAAAAAUCUCUCCGUCGCGGAACGACUACACCAUACAGCUGAAGUAUAAGAAGGCUACGCGGUAUUUCCACAUAAACUCGCAAGAUAUCAAUAUUACCAACUUCGAGGACAUACCGGAGGACACAAAGUCUCUGGAGAUCAAUGUUGGUGGUAUCGGAUUUGGAUUGUUGCAGGUGGUCUAUCAGUACAGUUUAAAUCUCGUGAACUUCGAGAACCGCUUUAAGCUGGAUGUAGAUAAACAAAACACGGGCUCCGACUACGAGCUGCGACUGAAGGUGUGUGCUAACUUUAUACCGAAAGUGUCCGAUGAUCGUUCGAACAUGGCGCUGAUCGAGGUGUACUUCCCUAGCGGAUACGUUGUCGAUCGGAAUCCCAUCAGUGAGCAGUCUUCCAUUAAUCCGAUACAGAACACCGAAAUUAGGUACGGCGGUACAUCCGUUGUUGUGUAUUACAACAACAUGGGCAUCGAGCGGAACUGCUUCACCGUGACUGCUUACAGACGGUUCAAGGUGGCUCUGAAGCGUCCAGCAUAUGUGGUCGUGUACGAUUAUUACGAUCCCAAUUUGAACGCCAUAAAAUUGUACGAAGUGGACAAACAAGAAGUUUGUGAAAUAUGCGACGAAGGUGAUUGUCCCAAGGAAUGCAAAAAAAAUUGAUUUUGCAUUUGAUAUAUUACAAAUUAGCAAUAAAAUGCUUCUCGCAAAGAAA